UUUGCAAUUAUAAAUUAUAUUUACAAAUUUUAUGCAGCAAGAUCAAAGAGAAAAGGAAAAAGUACCUACAAGUAUAAUUAUGUCGCAGGAUUCAGUCCGAAAAAUCACAAAAUCUAAUGUGGAUAAGGCUAUACAAUUUAUAACAAAACAUAAUAUGAAAAGAAAAAGACGACGAAAUAUGGAAGCCAUAAAUGAUGAUAAAGUUAAUCAUUAUUGUAAGAAAUUUCAAAGUAACAAGAGAAGUAGGACAUUGCUUACAGGAUUUUCAAAGAGUUUAGCAUUGUUAGAGAUGCAAUCUUAUGUCACGCGUCAAGAUUGGAAGCAGGCAUUAAAUUUAUUUAGACUUCUUGAAUGUCCUAUUGAAUUAGAGCCUUUAAUAUGGAGAUAUGCAUUUAUAAUUUUAUUGCAUACUAAUAAUCCGUUACAUCUCCAACAAUUUUUCAAUCAAUGUAUUGGUAGUCAAAGUUUAAAUAACAGCACUUUGUUAGAAAAGUUAUUGUUAUUACCUCUAAAAGAUGAUAAUUCAUGA